UUCUGGUCAGGAAAUGAAGUGUUAUAAUUGGCGUCAGCCAGGGCAUAUGAUUAAAGACUGCAACAAACCAAUACGUCCGCCAAAUAGUUGCUUCACAUGCGGAGCCAUGGAUCAUCAGUUUCGAAGCUGCCCUAAACGUGCGACUGGAAAGCUGCAACAGACGGUAGCACAUCUGGAGGAACAACAAUCUGUCGCCGACAUACUUGGUAAACAUUUACCCUGUUAGUUUUAUAAACAAGUCGAAUUUACCAAAGGAUGUAACUUUUGCUAAACCAAUUACGAGUCAGUAUCACGGAAUUUGCGGACCAAAAAUAAUAUUGUGUGGAACAAUGACCUGUUAUUUUAAGUUUAAUCAAAGAAUUUAUGAAAUCGAAGUUUUUGUAGUAUAUAACGAUGUAUUACCGGUAGCUAUGAUACUGGGUAGAAAUGCUCUUAGUGUACUCAACCUAAAAUUAAUGCAAAGUAAUUUGGAAACGUCAUUAAUGAAUAUUAAUAAAUUUGAUUUAAAUUGUUAUUGUGCAUCUUUGUUUCAAAACGAAAUAGAUACUAAGCUGGAAAAUCAAAUAAGCAAUUACGAAUUAAAAAUAGAUAAUACUUUAAAUGAUCAAUGGAUGAGAGAUAUGGAUUAUUUAUGUGCAGGUGUAACGUCAGAUUUAAAUACAAAUUUAGAUAUUGGAAGUGAGUUUGGAUUAGAUAAAAAGGAAGAAUGUUAUAACUUGAUUUGUAGUAAAUAUUUAAACAUGUUAAGUAGGGAAUUAACCGAACCAGUUUGUAAGAUGAGUAUAAAGCUAACUAAUGACAUUCCAUUUCAUUUUAAGCCUAGACGAUUAUCGUACUUUGAGAGAGACAAAGUUUCGGAAAUUAUUGAGGAGUUGUUACACACUAAUAUAAUUCGCCCGAGUAAUUCACCUUUUGCUUCUCCUAUUGUGUUAGUUAAAAAAAUGUCAGGUGAAAUCAGGAUGUGUGUGGAUUACAGAAGUCUUAAUAAGUUAACAGUUCGUGAUAACUUUCCUUUACCUUUAAUUGAAGACUGCCUUGAAUAUUUAGAGAACAAAAAUUGUUUUUCAGUUAUUGAUUUAAAAAGUGGGUACCACCAAGUAUGCGUCGAAGAACAGUCUGUAAAAUAUACAUCAUUUGUAACGCCGCAAGGACAAUUUGAAUAUUUGCGCAUGCCAUUCGGGUUAAAAUAUGGUCCGUCAGUAUUUCAACGUUUCAUAUCCAAU